AUGUCUUUAAUAAAUGUCCAUCCUCCUAAAACGUAUUUCGGUGCGGGAGACAUUCAAAAGUCAUUGGGUUCUCUUCCUGGAUUCCCAUGGGCAAAAUAUCCCGGAGAAAAACAUCUCCCAGGGCACAAUUAUACAGGUCCAGGCACUAGGUUAGAUCUGCGUUUAGACGAAAAUGAUAUUCCCAAACCAGGGGAAGAACCCGUUAAUAGAGUUGACGCAGCAGCGCUCAAAUACGACAUACUGUACAGAAAUAAAGACGUGACAUUCAGACACCAAGCAGACAAACAAAUGAUAGACGAACUCGAAAAUAUUCCCGAUCCCACUUUCAAAGAGAAAUUACAAAGGGCUCUUAUCAUAAAACUCUUGAAGGCAAAAUUGAAAUUGGUUGAUAAAACAAGUCAGUUGAUAUCUAAAUUAGACGAUAAGAUUACGAAGGUAAAAAUAGACGUCCAACGUUUAAUAGACAACCCAAAUGUAAACGAGGAUAGAUUGAAACGAAAACUAACCACUUUGGAAAGAAAACUUGGCGAAUUGCUAGCAGAACUAGACAAGACCGCGGACAAAACCGAGUUACAAAAUUCGAUAUCCAUUUUGAACGAAAAGAUCGCGAAGCAAAAAUCAGAUGUUCAAGAUAUAAUUAACACACUUCCCAUUGACAAAGAUACGUUGAAACAACAAUUGACUGCUUUGGAUACUAAAAUCACGGACGAAUUAGAAAAAGAAGUGGGUGUGAUUAAAAACUUUCUUCAAAAUAAAUUUCGAGAUGAUAUGAAAAAUUAUAUUAAAGAACAGGUCAAUCUUUUGGUAUCUAGAAUUCAUGACGAUUUUUUGAGACAAGAGAGAAAGUUGAGCAAAUUAGAAGCUAUUGUCACGGACAAAUCGUAUUAUUUCAAUCUUCCAUUCGAAAGUGACACUGUCUUCGAUAGAAAAGACCAAAUUUAUAAAUCAAACAAAUACGGAUUCAAAGCAGAAAUAAAAGUGGGUUCUCUCGAAUACGGAGAACCUAAAAACGUAUUCGAUAUCGGCGAAACUCAAGAGUUUUCUUUUCGAGGUAAUUGUCUGAUUCAAAUAGAGUUUCCCAUGAAGGUUAGAGUCAAUAAAGUAGUCUUCAAACAAACCGGUAAGGCCGUCAAACAUAUUUCAUUAUUCAAUGAUGGUAAUUUGGAAGAGAAUAUACGUUUGAUUGAUUAA